AUGGGGCUGCGCUUCGCUGGCAAGCAGGAAGGACAAGCAGAUCGCUGCGCAAAGAGGCGGGUCGGCGGCGUUGCCGCUGCAGGUUGUGCGCCCUCGGCGGCGGCGGCGCCGCCUCCUCCUCCUCCUCCUCCUCCUGCGCCCAUGGUGAACGUGGGGCUGUCGCGCGUGGACGAUGCUGUGGCGGCCAAGCACCCGGGGCUGCAGGAAUACACUGCCUGCCAGUCCUUUGCCUUCAUGAAGGGAAUUGGUGCCUUUAUCACAGGCACUGGGAUGGCUUUUGCGCUGCAGAAGUUCAACCGGAAGAUGCCCUACCCUCUCCAGUGGAACAUUUUCGUCUCUGUGGUGGUCGGUUCUGUCGCCAGCUAUGCCGUGACACGCUGGGAGACCAAGAAGUGCUCUGAUCUGUGGGUCUUCCUGGAGAGUGCCCCGUCCGCCCAGGAUGUGGCCAAAGGUGAACAGAGAGGGAUGCCAGAAGGAUACUUCAGUUCUGAUGAAAGUGCAGCAAAAGGGCGGCUAAGAGGACCGAAGGAGGCUGAGAAAGUACCUACUCUGGAGCCCAAAGAAAAGGCAGGGCCAGGCAUGAAGAGGAACAAGUAUGGGGAUGUUGUGGAAUAGCCAGAAUAUUCUACUGGUCAGGCGGAGCCUUGCUCUACGGGUUCAGCGUUUUAUCCUGUGAGUGCGGUUAGCGUAGUAAAUCCACCAAGCUUGAUGGACCUUGGAGUUGCUGAGAAAGUGGUGGAGAAAUUACAUGUUCUGAAGCUUGAUCCAGGCUCGGGAAAAUGUCAACAAAUCGUAAUGAGCUCUUGGGAAAGGAGUAGGGGAAUACACACACACACACCUCCAAAUCUCUGCCCAAGGACCAGUCUGGAUUUGAUUAAUGUGCUUACAUUGAUGCUUGUGCGGCCUGUUGGGAAGCAGAAUAAAGCUCUGAGAUGUU